ACCAGCUCAUACCCAUACCUGAAUAUUGACAUUUGACCGUGCGGCAGCAGUUGUUUCAGUGUUCUGUGGUGCUUCGGGGAGUUCGCUUCGCGUGCGUUUCAUGACGUCACGGAUUUGAAUACUGCACGAUUUCAUUUCUUCUUUAUUGAAAUAACCGAUUAUUGAGAAUGGCGGAAGAGGACAAUAUGACCGAAGAUGUGGAUGUUAAUUCUAAAUUCGGAUUCAAAUUUAGGGGCAGAAAGGGUGCUCUGAAAAAGAAAAAUGUGUACAAUAUCAAGGAUCAUACGUUUAUACCUAGGUUUUUCAAACAACCUACAUUUUGUUCUCACUGCAAGGACUUUAUAUGGGGAUUCGGCAAACAGGGUUUUCAAUGUAAUGUAUGCAGUUUUGUUGUACACAAACGUUGCCACGAGUAUGUUACCUUCAAGUGUCCUGGAGUCGACAAAGGCGCCGAUUCAGACGACACUCGGACACGCCACAAUUUCAAGGUGCAUACUUAUGGGUCUCCCACAUUUUGCGAUCAUUGUGGGUCGUUACUCUACGGGGUGCUCCAUCAAGGAAUGAAAUGUACAGCUUGUGAUAUGAACGUACAUAAACGAUGUGAAGAAAGUGUGCCAAAUCUAUGUGGUUGUGACCAUACUGAACGCCGUGGUCGUAUUCAGCUAAAGAUCACUUGUAAAGGCAAUAAACUCGUUGUUGAAGUGAAACAGGGUCGGAAUAUGAUACCGAUGGAUCCAAACGGAUUGAGCGAUCCAUAUGUCAAACUCAAACUGAUCCCGGAUUCGGAUGGAGUCAAAAAGAAAACCAAAACGAUCAAAGCUUCUCUGAACCCCGAAUGGAAUGAAACAAUUACUUUUGAUCUAAAACCGGAAGACAAAGAUCGUCGAUUGCUUAUCGAAGUAUGGGACUGGGAUCGUACUUCCCGAAAUGACUUCAUGGGCUCCCUCUCUUUCGGUAUUUCAGAAAUAAUCAAAUCUACAGCUGAUGGUUGGUUCAAGCUUUUAACUCAGGAAGAAGGUGAAUUCUAUAAUGUUCCAGUGCCAGAGGAAGGUGCAGAUUUAGCACAAAUGAAAACUCAGAUGAGGAAAACUUCGAUAUCGAAAAAACCAUCUAUUACAGUGGAGCAUAAGGAUGUGCCACAUAAUAUGGGCAAAAAAGAUAUAAUCAGAGCGAGUGAUUUCCAUUUCAUCAUGGUGCUAGGCAAAGGUUCUUUCGGAAAGGUCAUGUUAGCAGAAAGGAAGGGCACUGACGAAUUAUAUGCAAUCAAAAUUCUGAAAAAGGAUAUUAUUAUCCAGGACGAUGAUGUUGAAUGCACCAUGGUUGAAAAACGGGUCUUAGCUCUAUCCUUGAAACCACCAUUUUUAGUACAACUACAUUCGUGCUUCCAAACAAUGGACCGGCUAUAUUUUGUGAUGGAAUACGUCAACGGUGGUGAUCUGAUGUUUCAAAUUCAACAAUGUGGAAAAUUCAAGGAGCCAGUAGCAGUAUUCUACUCAGCAGAGAUUGCCAUCGGCCUGUUUUUCUUACACAGUCGAGGGAUCGUAUACAGAGAUUUAAAACUAGAUAACGUAUUAUUAGAUCAAGAUGGUCAUAUAAAGAUAGCAGAUUUUGGCAUGUGCAAGGAAGGUAUUCUAGGUGAUAAAACCACAAAAACAUUUUGUGGCACUCCGGAUUAUAUUGCUCCAGAGAUCAUUCUCUAUCAACCCUAUGGCAAAUCUGUGGAUUGGUGGGCCUAUGGAGUCUUGCUGUAUGAAAUGCUGGUAGGUCAGCCCCCAUUCGAUGGAGAAGAUGAAGAGGAACUCUUUGCAGCAAUCACAGACCAUAAUGUGAGCUACCCAAAAAGUUUAUCUAAAGAAGCAAAGGAUGUUUGCAAAGGAUUUCUCACGAAGAAUCCCAAUAAGAGGCUCGGAUGUGGAACAAGAGGCGAAGAAGAUGUAAGGAGUCAUGCAUUCUUCAGAAGAAUCGACUGGGAAAGGAUAGAAAACAGAGAAGUUCAACCACCAUUCAAGCCAAAAAUAAAACACCGUAAAGACGUGAGCAACUUCGAUAAGCAAUUUACCUCAGAGAAAACGGAUCUCACGCCAACCGAUAAGCUAUUCAUGAUGAAUCUGGAUCAAACGGAGUUCAUGGGUUUCUCUUUCCUCAAUCCCGAAUUCGUUCAGCACGUGUAAACGCCAAAUAAAGGGAUCUGUUCGUUCUUGCCUGGAUCUAAAGUCCGUCUCUGCAACCGUAACAUCCGAUCAGAGAUGACGGAGAAGCGAUAUGGAAGAGCAAGACUGGAAAAGAAGAAUUGGGUGAGAGUUGGUUCUGAAAAGUUGUGAUUGUUGUGGAGGCAGACAUAGGUUAACUCGCUUUCAGUCAGAUGUUCGAUCUAGUCGUAGUUUUAAGAUGGUUUGAGCUCUUAAAUAUUUGAAAAUGUAUCAUAGAUUUCCGCGGGAGGAAGGUCAAAUUCGGUUGGUUCUUUCUAAACUCCACUCUUAUAUUCUCCUGAAAGAAACAGUUGAAAAAACCAUCUAAAAAUGAGUGAAUGAUAUUCUUCUCUUCUAAACUCUACGAAACCUUCGACGUUUAAUUUGAAUCAAUAAUUUAAGUAGUCCUUCUGAAGGAUCUGAUGGCUCCAACAUAGAUAACAUUGUAUUGCACAUGGUAGUUAGAGAAUAAAAUAAUAAUUACAUCUCAAUUUUAUUUCGUAACGUUGGAUGAACUCAUAAAAAAACCAAAUCAUCAGUUAUGUAACUGUAAAGAAAGGUUUUCACAUAAAGGUCAUCAAUAAAAACUUCAUUAUAUUAAAGGUUUCCGCAUCAGUCCAUUAUAGAAAUAUAUUUCUAUUCGCUUGGGAAUUUGAGUGGAAAAUUCAAGUUAGCUCAAAACGACAGGAUUAUCUCAGCCAAAUUAGGUAAAUUGAAAUCGAUUCAAAAAGUACUCCAUUUAUUAAACGAUUACUGAAUGCUCAACCAAAUCCUUAAGCUGAAGGGUUUGAAGUGAAACCAAAGAUCGAUAAUUAUUGUUUAUGUAAUUUCAUGAACUGGAAAAUAUUGAAGCGAACAAUAAAUUAUCUACCAUAUGCUUAGAAUCAACUGAUUGAUGGAAUUUUUGUUCGGUAUAUGAAACAAAACAUUUCACUAUCUCUUGACCUAUUGAACUCUACAGAAUAUUCAUUUCAUUUGCAAUUGAAUGUAUGGGUGUUGCAUUUAACCUUCCUCCCUUUUAUUUCUGCUUUGAUUCAUCAACAUUCUCAAACAUAUCAACAUAUACUCGACCAAAUAAAAUAAAUAGAAUGGUAAAGACAUCAUUCGAUGAUUUGAUUCUAUGAUAUAGCCAUGUAUCAAGUCGAACUCGUAUAUGUAUGAAGAAGUAUUCUCUCUAUACCUAAGUAGCUGAAGUAUUUUUCUAUUUAAUCACUCUCUCAACAUGAAUGUCAUAUAUCUAUUUAUUGUAAUGGAACUUUUUUCAGAUUUAGAUAUAAGUAAGUUAAGAAACGAUAGAAUCAUUCCAAUAAUUAUUGUAUUAAUUAUUGCUUGAGCAAUAAGCAUUCCUCACCUCCAAUGGACUGACUGAACAGCACUUUGAUUCGUCAGAAUUUCGGAGAAACUUAGAACUAUGUAUAUCUUGUUACCUCUUUUAUUGUUAGUGUAUAGUUUCGAUAUUAUAACGAACCCUGAGAAGCAGACGAUUUGUUGCAAUCAAAGAAAAUCUCAUCGGCCUGCCAAUCGACAAUAGAAUUAGCAGGUCGAUAAAUCAUUAGUAAUAAUAAAUAAACUUAUGUAUUGAAAUAUUUUCAAUUCAGAAUUUUCAGCUGCUGAGUAGGUUUUUGACAUAAUAAAAAUAUAAUUGGAACAAGUAAUUGGUGUCCUAACGUGCAAACUCUUCUACUAACAUGUAGUUAGAAUAUACAGGGUACCUCUGCGAUACUUCAAGCCCUUUUCAAGAAUUUGCAUCUGAGGAAGAUCUUUUAGUUUAGAAUAGCAGGCUUCAUAAUACAUAUAUAACAAGAAAAGUUUGUAUAAUAUGUGGACUAUUUAAUGCAAACAUUUUCGGAUUCAAUAAUUUUGAAGAUAUUCGACUCAUUUUAACAAAAAUCUUGGGUGGUAAUUGUAUGGUUCAAUGAUAGUUCCAAUGUAUAUAUAGGUUUAACAAUAUUCGGAAAAAAGGUCAACAAUAUAAUAUUUUUCGAGUUCACAAUGGAUUCAGAAUGCUACUUGAGUUGAAAUAAGUAACUACACUCUGAUCAACGGUACCUUUACGAACGUUUGACGACGUAUGUAAAAAUUCAGUGGUUUAUGAUGUAGUUACUAAAACUUAUUUAUAUUUAUUUAGAAAAACCGAAAGUUCUGUGAAACAAAAAAUUGAUAUGAUUAAUACGAAUAGAAUAUUUCGGAAGAUUUUCUCUGGAUUUUUUUUAGCUGGAAAUUAAAAGAUUGACUUCGCAGACCCACCCUGUAUUUCCAAUAUCAUUUUUAAAUAUUGACCUAAUGAAAUUCCCAGUCAGUAGGUCAAAAUUGAAUUCGAUUAUCCUUCAGGAAUUUUAUAUAAUUCUAAAAAUAUGUUUGGUUCGAAUUAUUUCAGAAAAUAUUGUUGAUAUCCAUGUUUCAAUGCUAUUGAAAAGGAUAAUACUUGUUACAUGUGAAAAAAACAAGGAAAAGAGAAGAAAUAAUUGAAUUUUAUUUUUCUUUCACAACUGCUACUUGUAAGUAUCCGCAUCAUUCAAAAUAUGUCGAUCAAAAAAUAAUUGAAGGAAAUGAUUCACCAUAAUCAUUAAUUAGAAAAUUUUGCUGCAGUUCUUCCAUAGAUGUUUAAUGAUGUGAGGCGAAUGUAUUUUGAUCAAUAUUCCUGGUUGACCUGCCAUCAAUUAUAUUGAAUUCUUGACAUGUAAUCGGCACCAGAUACUUUGGACAAUUAAUUAUUAAAUUUUUCCUUUCAAUAUUUUCAGAGACUACUUUUAUAUUUCUAUUAGGUUAUAAUACGAACCUACUAGAUUUAUUCUCUUCCUUUUUCAAAUUAAUGAUGAAACUCUGUAAAAACUUGAUAACUAGACAAUCUUUUUGCAGUCAGUUUUGAACAAGGAUACUUGAAAUUUGGAAUCAUUAUAAAUACUCGAAAAUAAUAAGAAUGGAAAUUCAUGUCCCUUCCAAAAUGAAUAUAUUAAAAAUGUUAAAUUCUUUGAUGUUACAUUCUAUGAAUACUAUUUUGAACUAAACUGGAAGUUUGUGAUAUGAUACAUUUUAUUGAUUUUUAUCAAAAAUUUAAAUUACAAUUGCAGUGGCAAUCUCUAUGAAAUCAAAAGUUAGGUAUUAUUUCAGUUUGAUGAUGAAAGUCGCUUAGUUUUGGCAUGAAUUGUGAUUUUUCAUAAUUUGUAUUAUUAUGAUUAUAAUAGAUAUAAUUCACCAAGUAUAUUCCCAUACAAAUGAAAAUGUCUGAAUUCAAUUUCAUCCGUACUAAUAUUUUAUCAGGAAAGACUAUUGAUUGUUCGGAAUUGAAGUUCAUGUUGAAAUUAUCCUUUUAAAAAGUAUUCCUCAUAAAAAUGAAUUUCUGCUUCAACAUUCAUGACAUCUUUUCUCUACAUAGAUAAUAUCAUUAUUCAACAAUAAAACUGUCUUGUUAUUCAAUAAGAAUUACCGUUUACCCACAAAAUUCAAAUGCUCCAAUAUAAAAUUAUAUAUAAUUUUUAGAUGUUUUUCAUUGAAUUCUUCAGAAUAUGGUGCAAUAUUGGUUCUAGUCCUUUAGUACAUGUCUAUAAAAAACUAUAGAGCAAUCUCGAUAUAUUGGUGUCAUAACUUUUUAUAUUGCCUAUCUAUCAUGUUAUUUCUAUUUUCUUGAAUAUACAAUAUUGUUGUAUUCUUUCUUUAUUGAUGAAUAAAUUGCGUCAACUGAAAA